ACACCAGAAAAAAAGUCUUAAAUGGCAUUAUUAUGUGAAUUAGAAUCAUAUUUUGAGACGAUUCGACCAUAUACAACAAUUUAGCAAAGCGCAGAUGACGAGAAAUUAGUCUUUUAAUCUGCCGGUUAGCCACGCCUACAAUUAUAGGGCUUUAGCGUCCCCAACAGGUGGAUGACGUCAGCGGUAGACUAGGCUCAUCGGUUUUACUAUUCAGCCCAUUGAGGGGGAAUUGUUCAGAACGAGGAAAACGAGACGAAAAGAGCUGCAAAAUGUCAUUGUUUCAGUCUCUCUACUCCCAAUAUUUUUACAGGAUAUUCUUUUUAUCCAAGUAUUUUCCCCAAUAGCUAUAUAAAUGGCUUGAGAAGGACCAGUCAGCCCGUCGAGGGGGAACUAUUCACAAUGAGGAAAACGCGACGAAGAGAGCGGCAAAAUGUCAUUGUUUCUGUCUCUUUACUUCAAUAUUUUUACAGGAUAUUCUUUUUACCCAAGUACUUUCCCCAAUUGCUAAAUAAAUGGCAUGGUCAUGACAAAUAACUUGUGCUAAAUGGAAUAUAAAAUAAUAAAAAUCCAUUUAUUCAAGACGACAUGGCAAAAUUACUCCAUAAUGGUCAAAACAGUCGACUUUACCUUUACUGUCACACCUGCCGAACGAUAUUUUAUGACACCUAAAUCGGACAUAUGUCAUUUCCCUUCCCCGGCUUCGGAGAAUGUAAACAGACCAGAAGGAGUGACAGCUAGCCGACAUGCUAACCCGAACCGAGGGAUGUUUCAAAGUCUUCGAAGUGGAAAAUCACACAUAACUAGCCUGGAUUAUUUGACAUGACGACCCGGUUGUCGAGUUUCUUUGCAGAUCGGCAAACCGCCCGGCGGAGAGCAAUUUACAGUUCGUUCCCUGGAGGAGGGUGGCUGGAAUUGUUGUGUAGCUAACAGCUAACUGCUAAUGAGCGUGAGGAUAGCUUUUUACAUGCCUAUCAAUGAUCAAACAAAGCCAACUACUUCGGUUCACUGCUGCAGGCCUCCUCUGUGUGUCUUGGAUCAGGGCCUGACGGAGAGGUCAACGUGCCUUUCUGUGAUCUGCUACCUAUGGUUCACCCCAACGACAUCGUCUUUGACGGCUGGGAUAUCUCUUCGCUGGAUCUGGGAAGGGCGAUGGAGCGUGCCCAGGUGCUGGACUGGUCGCUACAAGAGCAGCUGCGACCGUAUAUGGCCAUCAUGACACCAAGACCCUCCAUCUUCAAACCAGAGUUCAUUGCCGCCAAUCAGGAGAGCCGGGCCGACAACGUACUUGGCGGCUCCAUGGCUGAGCAGGUAGAGCACGUCCGAGCGGACAUUCGUGACUUUCAGCAGUCGAGCGGGGUGGAUAAAGUGAUCGUGGUGUGGACCGCCACCACCGAGCGUUUCUGCGACGUGGUGCCGGGGGUAAAUGACACGGCGGAAAAUCUGCUUGCUGCCAUUCAGGAAGGCUCAGAGGUGUCUCCCUCCACUCUUUUCGCAGUGGCCAGCAUCCUAGAGGGGUGCGCCUACAUUAACGGUUCCCCGCAGAAUACAUUCGUGCCAGGGGUUGUGGAGCUGGCACAGCACAGGGGCGUCUUCAUUGGGGGAGACGACUUUAAGUCCGGGCAGACCAAGAUAAAGUCAGUGCUGGUGGAUUUCCUGGUCAGCUCGGGUAUCAAGCCGACCUCCAUCGUGAGCUACAACCACCUUGGCAACAAUGACGGCAAGAACCUGUCAGCGCCGCAGCAGUUCCGCUCCAAGGAAAUCACAAAAAGCAAUGUGGUGGAUGAUAUGGUGCGCUCCAACCCUGUACUCUACUGCCGCGGGGAGAAGCCUGAUCACUGCGUGGUGAUUAAGUACAUUCCAUACGUGGGAGACAGCAAGCGAGCCAUGGAUGAAUACACAUCUGAGAUAAUGAUGGGCGGCCUUAACACCAUUGUAUUACACAACACCUGCGAGGACUCUCUUCUGGCCAGCCCCAUCAUUCUGGACUUGGCCAUCUUGACGGAGCUGUGUCAGCGCGUGAGCUUUCGGCUCGAUGGUGAGACCAACUUUCAGUCCUUCCACAGCGUCCUGGCGUUGCUCUCCUUCCUUUGCAAGGCCCCGCUGGUCCCACCUGGGACCCCCGUCAUCAACGCCUUCUUCCGCCAGAGAGCCUCCAUAGAGAACAUCAUGAGGGCAUGUCUGGGCCUGCCCCCUCAAAGCCACAUGCUUCUGGAAGAAAAGCUCCAGAGGAAUUUUCUGGUUGCAGAGCACGUCAACAGGGAAGUAGCCACCCCGAAGGAGAAGAAGAAGGCGAUGGCCAGCAUCAACCACACGGAGAUGACCAACGGCGUGCAUGACUACGACGACGCCGAGCACUCCAAGUAGACGGCAAAUGUUACACAGAAUUGAGAUCCUGAAUGUCAUUUCAGACACGUGUUAAAGUAGACAGCUCAAAAGGCAAAGACACACCUUUGAAUUUUGAAAACCAUCCAUAUUUGUUGUUAAAUCUGUCUGUACCUUUGAUACAUCCAAUACAUUCAUACAAUGUUAAUUAAAGCUGUUAU